ACAUCAAUCGAUGUCACAUUCACUGAGAACAAGAAAUGAAGUGAAGAUACGAGAGACGUGACGUAAUUUUGGCUGUUUUUGCGAAAAUUUGAAUUGCUGAUUGCUAAAAUUUAAUCACUUCACUAAAUUUUUUAUAUUCCUAGUAAAUUAUAUCUUUGACUAUUAAAAGAGUUUAAUAUUGGAAGUAAACAAAAUAUAUUGCAUUCCUCUAUGAUUACAAAGAAAGAAGCAUGGAGUCCCUUGAAAAGAAAAUAACUUUAGAAAGUAUUGAAAGUGAAGAAAUUAAGAAUGUCAGGAUAUUUUUAAAAAAGUUCUAUAUUUUAUGGGAUGAAUUUGGAAUAGAUGAAGAGCAAACUAUUCAAAGGGGAAAAGCUGUAUGGAAGCAUCUUUGGACACUCCUGGAUGAUAUAUACAGAGAAGAAAUUAGCUUUUAUGAAGACAUUAAAGAACGUGUACAGAAUUAUACAAAGAAGAUAAAUGACCUGGCAAAAAUUUUAUCUGUCACUCCUUUAGAAGAGAAGAGUGCUUCUUUAAUAAAGAAAGAGGAAAACUUGAGACAAGAACUUGAUAGCUUAACAAAACUGAAGCAUAAAAGAAUCAAAUCUUACCAGGAACUUAGAAGCAUUGAAUCUAAAUAUUGCUCGUUACUUGGUAUGGAGGAACAUCAUCUACCUUCAUUCACAGGUGUCCCAUCUGAGAGUGAGCUGAAGGAAAUUGAUCAGCAUAUUAAAAUGUUAAAAGAUGAACGUGAUAGAAGGUACAAAAAGUUUUGUUCCGUGAAAAAAGAACUAACCACUAUAUUAGAAAUAACAGAACUCACCCCAGAAACUGCAUUAGAAAGGGAUGUGUUGUCUGGAAGUGACAGUAUCCCUUUGACCAAUGAAACAUUAAAAGCUUUGGAAGAUGUUGUAUCUAAAGCUCAGAAGAAGAAGAUUGAGUUGGAAACACGGAAAGAAGAGCUCCUCGUAAGACUGAAAGCUUUAUGGAAUCGAUUGAAAAUAGCAGACUCUGAGAAAACUGAAUUUCUUUCUAAACAUGUGGAUUGCAAAUUAUCCACUGUAAAUUCUAUCCAAAAAGAGCUUGAAAGAUGUGAAAAGAUAAAGAAAGAAAAUAUAAAAAUGUAUAUAGAAAAUUUAAGGCAAGAGCUUAAACACCUAUGGGACAAAUGUUAUGUAAGUGAUAAAAACCGUAAUCAAUUUACGUUGCUGCAGUCAGAUGAGAUGACUGAUGAAGUUUUAGAAGCUCAUGAAGCUGAGGUUGAAAAGUGGAAAUCCUACUCCGAAGUUGUCAAGCAUAUAAUAAAUAAAAUUGAAAAACGUAAGGAGUUGUGGGAUCUUCUUUUAGUGUUUGAAAAUAAGGCAUCUGAUCCAAACAGGUUUAAAAAUCGUAGAGGAAACCUCCUUAAAGAAGAGAAAGACAGAAAGAAACUACAAAAAGAUCUUCCUGCUCUAGAGAACGACAUCUUUAAUGAAAUUGAGUUGUAUGAGGCUGUUUACAGCAAACCAUUCCUGUAUUUCGAUGGAGAUUACAGAAGUUUUGUCACUAAUCAAUGGCAAGAGCGCAUCAACCAGAAAGAAAACGAAAAACAAGAACGGCAUAAACUCCGCUUGCUGCAAACCGAGAAUGAAGCUGUGCUUGGAACAGCAACUCCAGCUAAGAGACCUUUACUUACGACGCCCAGGUCUGCACCCAGUAAAUUAUUUAAAACCAAUGCCGGGAUGUCAGUUUACCGCACUCCAACAUCUGAUAGGUCUAAAGCAAUACCCUGUACAACUGGUAAAUCAGUACUUUCUGCAAAUAAACUGGUCAAAUCUGUUCGUAAAUCAGGUUUUGGUCAUAAAUUGUUUCCACAUCUAUCUACGAGACCAAAUGCCAUGAAGAAAAGAGAUCAAAGCAUGGUACUGAGAGAAAGGAACAAUAAAAGCAAAGUUGUACCAGAUUCAACCAAUGCCACAACUUAUUCCCAGUUUGCAAAAGAGCUUGAUUCCUCCUCCAGGCGUAGUUGUCGAAGUUCAGUUCUGUCAACCAAAAAAGUUGGUGGGACUAGAAUAUCUCAAAAUACUAGUAAAAGCAAGAGGAAAAGUGCAUCUAAAACUGUCAGGCGAUCACUGAGGAAUACCUCUAAGACUACUACAAAUCUUACACCUGCUAGAGGAAAAUUGGGAUUGCCUUUCUUGAUAUAACUCACCAAAUAUGAACUGAAUUAUAAUUAACAUUAGUUAAAUAGUCAAACUUUUUAGAACUUUUAAACUGUUUUCAUUUAAUUUUUCAAUGAAUAUUUAAGUUUUAUUUCAAAAAUUAGAAUAUUUGACCAUAAUAAGGGCUUGAUAAUGUAAAUUUAAGAGUAGCAUUGAUUAUCAUUCAUUUUUACUUAUUUAAAUUAAUGAAUUAAUAAUACUUUGAAAUUGUAAUUUAUUUCAUUGCCAUUUUUUAAACGACUGUCGCUUUUACACUAUAGUAUUAUUGUACUCUUAAAAAAACAACUAAUUAUAGUAAACCUCAUUUAUUGUUUCAAAAACUUUGUGUCAAAAAUGUCACUUUAUAAUUUUGUACAGUUUCUAUAACACUUGAGUUGCAAAAUAUUAGAAAAGAUUGUAACUUAAUGCCCUGUGCACUAUUGUACAUUGUUAGACUAAUUUCAAUUUGAUGAAACAAACCAGUUAAUAUUUUCUGAUUGACUUAGAAAUUGAUUUAUCGUUUACUAAUUACUUAUUAGGAUCAACUAGUUUUAGUUUUACGAUUUUGUUUUCUAUGUAGUUUAGUGCUUUUGUUUAGAAAUCGAUUGCUUUCAUCAAAUUUCUUGGCUUAGAUAAAAGUGUACUUAUCUUGUUAUAAUCUAAUUGGUUGGGUAUUUGUAAAUAUUUGUAUACAAAAUGUUUUCUCUAUAUUUCAGUACUUAUUUUUAAAUAAAUGUCUUUUUAUUCUUUGGUUUGUUUUGUAUAUUUCAAAUAUUUUUUACUCUUUUUGUAUUAUUAUUGACUUGUUAUUUGGUUUAAUUAAAUUCCAUUUACUUUUGCAAAGCAGAGUAAGAGCUGUUGUGUAAGUGAACAUUAAUUGAAGACAUAUUUCACAAAUUUAAAUAAAGAAUAUUUUUAUCGCAA